AUAUUACCACAAUGCGCACAACCAUCAAGACAUGAAUUCACCGGGAGUAUCAGCAAAUUUCUUCAUUCCUCUCAGCUUUGAUGCGACGUCACUAAUCAAAUAUAAGCUUUCUGAUGAUCUCCUAGCAAGAGUCGCUGCAUCAGGCUCCUUGCGUUCAUCUUCAUGUAGAUCAGCUGUUUGGAGGCUUGUUCUUCGAUGUUUGCCGUAUGAAACAAGUGAUUGGGAAAUAAGCUUAUCACGUAGUCGGAAUCUUUACCGAGCUCACAAGGAAAAUCAUUUAAUUGACCCACACGAUACAAAGUUUUCUCAAGAUCCUGAAUUCAACAAUCCACUUGCCUCUAUUGAGCAAAAUCCAUGGAAUACAUUUUUCGAGGACAAUGAUCUUCGUGACAUUAUCGGCAAAGAUGUUUCACGAACUUUUCCGGAAAUUGAGUUCUUUCAAAACACAAGUAUUCGGCAAAUGAUGUCAGAUAUUCUUUUGGUUUAUGCAAAGGAGCAUCCUUUUGUAAAUUAUCGUCAAGGAAUGCACGAAAUUCUGGCACCGCUAAUUUUCGUGAUAUAUUCGGACAAUGAAGCAUUUCAACAUGCAAAAGAGAAUGAUGAGUUGAAAAUGCUAACGGUGGAAGAAGAAGAUAUUUUGAAUUGCUUAUUUUGUAAAGAAUACCUCGAACAGGAUAGCUAUAAUCUGUUUUGUUCGGUGAUGUUAGAAGUAUCAAGAUGGUAUGAAGAACCAACAGUCACUGAGAGUCCAAAGCGUCCAAUUCCAAAGGAACCGUACAUGAGGGUGCAAGAUUCCGCUCCUGCAUCUCGUUUGAUGGAAGAUCUAAUUGAUAUUGGAAAUCUUCUACACGAAAUCGAUCCCACCCUUGCCAAACAUCUUAGUACUCUUGAUAUACCACCACAACUUUAUGGAAUUCGUUGGCUUCGCUUAUUAUUUGGCCGAGAACUUCCUCUACACGAUUUGCUUUUUCUAUGGGAUGUACUUCUGAUUGAUCGGCCAAUUGCCCCAUUAGCCAAAUGCAUGUUUGUUUCGUUGUUAGUUCAGAUCAGACAUCUUUUAUUGUCAUCAGACUACGGUGGAUGUCUUCAAUAUCUCAUGAGAUAUCCUCCGAUAGCAGAUAUCGACUCAUUCGUGAAAUUAGCCAGACACUAUAGGAAUCCUAAAAAAAAUGCAAAACCAAUGAUAAAAUCAAACAACUUUUCACAUAUCACGGUUGCUGGAAGCAGUCAUCCAAACAGAACUCAACGUCCUCAAAGACCUCCAGCAGCAGUUAAUUCAAAGAAUGAUGGCGCAGAGUCACCCUCAACCAUUCUCGCGCUUGCUCCAGUAUUUCAAAAAGUGAAGAACACAAUUCGUGAUCGUUCGAACACCGUUUCGGGUCCAUCUUCACCACGGAGAUCAAAUGAGCCGCUAAGAGAACCAUUGAGGACUCCCCAAAAGAAAGAUAACUGGGCAAAUGAAGUACAAAUGAUGGAAGAGCAGGUUUCAACUCUCCAGACUCGACUGAAUGAACAGGAUAUGAUGUGUUGUCAAGUUUCUAAGGCAUUAGAAAUAUAUGCCGAGGAUGUUCGAAAUGCGAAAUCUAGUGAGCUAUGCGCAGUACUUUCUCAAAAUCUUUUGGAACUCAGUAAAACAUUGAUGUCCAUCAAAACUGUCCCCGUUGGUACGAGUCCUCCAAAACAUAGUCGAAACGGAAUUUCUGAUAUUCAGCCAAAGCCACGGGAUUCACAACCAAUUCGACAACAUAACGAAAUGGUUGAUAUGGCAACAAAACGCCCUCCAUUGUAACAAUGAUGUAUUUAUUAUUUAUUUGAAUAUAUUUCUCCAAUAUCUUGUAAUUUCUGGUUGAUGUACAUAGUGUCGUUCCUUUCACCCAAUUUAUUUUUUUGACUUACCAGUUUCAUUUUUCUUUAUGACCUCUAUCGCUUGCCAUACCAAAAACUCCAACGGAGUUCCAAAGAUUUUAGACCUGUGACUUAUUAUCGUACUUUGUAUACAAAUUUAAAAUAAAUACAAGCACAUUCC